GCACAAUAGCACUACUCCAAACAAGCUGUUUGCUCUCUCUCUCUGUCUCUCGCGAUCAUUUCCAGCAAAAUAUCUCCUUCCGGUUUCUAAACCAAUUUGUCUGCUCCUAAAAUGUCGAAUACUUUGCGAUUGUACUUGACGUGUAUAAGGAACACUCUCGAUGCCGCAAUGUGCCUUCAGAAUUUUCCUUGUCAAGAAGUUGAAAGGCAUAACAAGCCGGAAGUUGAGCUAAAGACCAGCUCAGAACUUCUGCUAAAUCCUGUUUUGAUAUGUCGAAAUGAGGCUGAAAAAUGCUUAAUUGAGACAUCUAUUAAUUCCCUUCGCAUAAGCCUCAAGGUAAAGCAGGCAGAUGAACUUGAAAAUAUACUAACUAAAAAAUUUCUUAGAUUUUUAUCGAUGAGGGCAGAAGCAUUCCAGGUAUUGAGGAGAAAGCCAGUGCAGGGUUAUGAUAUUAGUUUUCUUGUAACAAAUUACCAUUGUGAGGAGAUGCAGAAACACAAGCUCAUUGAUUUUAUUGUACAGUUCAUGGAGGAUAUUGAUAAAGAGAUAAGUGAAUUAAAGAUGUCAGUGAACACACGGGGGAGGCUGGUGGCCACAGAGUUUUUGAAACAAUUUAUGUAAUAUUUCUGUUCGUUACCAAGUUGUAUAUGAAUUUGCCUUUUACAGAUUCUGUUCGACCAUUUGCCAUUUUUUAUAUAUUUAUUUUGUAUCAGACGCCCCACCAUGUUUAAUGAACCACUAGUGUAAUGGCUGAAAGAUCAGCAUUCUCCUCCUGAUGAAGCCUUUCUUCAAAGACUCCUCGUUUCUGAAAUUCUUCAUAACUCGGUAGGUAGCUUUGGUUUGCAGAAAUGGAGGAAGUUUAUAGAUGAAAAGUAUGGUAUAUGCACAACUUUGGAAAUGAGUUAUUCUUCCAUAGCCCCUUAACUCAAGUAGCGUGGGAAGGGUGUGGUGAUGGUAGAGAUACUAGGUUUGAACUUUUGAAAUUUAUAA